AUGGCCGUUGAUCUACCGCUUCCAGCCAAGCUUGUCCUGCUUUCAGUGCCAGAAGCCCUUCUGGUCAAACACUUCGUUCCUGAUCAGGAUCUCCGCGUCCCGAUCACGCCGAUUGUUCUGCUUUUGGCCGCCAUCAACUUCUGCGUAUGGGCUUUUUAUAGGGUGCUGAUAUAUCCAUUCUUCGUCAGCCCCUUCAGGCAUCUCCCCGGACCGGUGCCCAAAUACCCCAUCAUCGCCAAUGGCCCAGUCGUCAUGGCCAGGCCCCCAGGCGGCGAGUUCCUCAACUGGGUCAAGACCAUCCCCAACGACGGCCUCAUCCGCUUCCGCGGCUUUUUCAACGUCGACCGCAUCAUCCCGACGCAUCCGCGCACCAUCGCCGACGUGCUCGUGCACAACAGCUACGACUUCGAGAAGCCCGCGAGGCUGCGCAGUUUCCUGCGCCGCAUCCUCGGCGACGGGCUGAUCAUGGUCGAGGGUGACGAGCACCGGUUCCAGCGCAAGAACAUCAUGCCCUCCUUCAGCUUCCGCCACGUCAAAGACCUGUACCCCGUCUUCUGGGCCAAGGCCGUCGCCCUGACCGACGCCGUGGCCGCCGAAGCGCAGGACGAUCCCGUCGUGGAGAUCAACCACUGGUCAACCAAGGUGACGCUCGACAUCAUCGGCCUGGCCGCGCUGGGCCGGGACUUCCACGCGCUCAAGAAGUCCGACGACCCGCUCGUGGCCACGUAUGAGGAGGUGCUCGAGCCCACGCGGGAGAAGACCGCCUUCUUCGCCCUCCACAUGCUGGGUCUGGAGCGGGUCGUCAGGAUACUGCCGUGGCGGAUCAACGAGGUGAUGCGCGACACGACCACCCAGCUGAAGCAGAUCUGUCAGCAGCUCCUGGCCGACAAGAAAGCGGCCUCCAAAACCGAGGGCGAGGAGCAGCCGAAGGACAUCCUGUCGGUGAUGAUGCGGUCGAACCUCUUCGGCGACGACAUGCUGAUCGACCAACUCCUGACCUUCCUCGCCGCCGGCCACGAAACCACCUCCUCAGCCUUCACCUGGGCCUGCUACCUCCUCGCCGUGCACCCAGCCGCGCAAUCCCGCCUCCGCGCCGAAGUCCUGCAAGCCAACCUCUCCUCCUCCUCCUCCCCCGAUCAUCUACCGUCAUCGUCGUCGUCGCUGGCCGACAAGCUCGAGGCCGGCAUGCCCUACCUCAACGGCGUCUGCAACGAGACGACGCGCCUCUACCCCACCGUCCCCGUCACGCUGCGCGACGCGGUGCGCGACACGCGCGUCGGCGGCCAGCGCGUGCCGCGCGGCACGCAGGUGCUGCUCUCGCCGUGGGCCGUCAACCGGUCGCCCGCGCUGUGGGGCGCCGAUGCCGAAAGCUUCAGGCCGGAGCGCUGGAUCGACGACGACGAGGAUGACGAUGACGACGAGGCCGAUCCCCCACUGGAGACGGGUGGUGGUGGCGGCGGCGGCGGCGGUCGUGGUCGUGGUCGUGGCGGUGGUCGUGGGCCUCGCACGAACAAUCACGGCGGCGCGUCCAGCAAUUACUGCCUGCUGACCUUCCUGCACGGGCCGCGCAGCUGCAUCGGGCAGAGGUUCGCGCAGGCGGAGCUGAGGGCGUUGGUGGCGGCGUUUGUGGGCCGGUUCGAGUGGACGCUGGCCAUGGAUGAGAGGGACGUCGUGCCCGCGGGCGUGGUGACGACGAAGCCCAUGAACGGGAUGAGGUUGCGUGUGCGGGGAUACAAGGCUUGA